GGGUCUUCCAGAGCCAAUGCGCCUCCCCCGCAAAGUUCUCUCCUGACUUGCAAGAAAUCGGCUUCUUUUUUCCUCCCAGCGCUGCAUCGGGGCCCCUUCUGGGGGGAUCUGGUGAGUCUCCCUCCCCCACCCUCUUUGUGCGUUUGGGGGAAGGGGAGCUCCAUCUUGGGGUGAAGAGGAGUCUCAGGCUGAGAGGGGAGGGGGAGUCCAGCCAGCAAAUGGGAAGAAGAGUGGGGCAAAGCUCCUGACUGGAAAGGAGACCCCCAUUCAUUGGGUGCUGGCCUCCACCCCACAACACCAACCUGUGCCCCUCGGGUGCACUUUAGCAUGUCACAAAGCCCUGAUCUGAGGGGGAGGCUAUUCAAGCAGCAUAUGAAAGCAUUAGAAAGUGGGUGCAGCACAUUAAAAAGGUGGAAAGGGAGGGGAGGAAGGUGAGAAAAUAAAACAUCCACAGAGCAGAGCUGGUGGAUCUCAGUUCCUGUCGGGCACAAUGCCUGUGGACUCCUCAGAAGCAAAGGUUGGGCACUGCUGAGCACUGGAAGCUGCUCUGUGUGAAUCUUUGAUGUGCCCCAGGCAACAACCCUUAACUGUGAGGAGUGGAGCCUCCAUGUGUGUACUAGAUACCAGAUCCUUCAGAUGAAUGUUACAUUGUUUAUACAUUAAACAAUUAAAAAUAUGUCUAGAUAAAGGGGGGAGUUAUUGUUUAGCUGGAAAGGUUGGUGUUAUGCAUAAGUGAGAUUAAAAGAUGAAGCAGCAAGACUUGGCCAGCCCGAUUUCAGGAAGAGGCCCAGAUGGCAUCCAGGUUGCAAAGGGCAGAGGAUUCUGGGAAAGGAUGGUGCACAAGUUCCUGGGUAAGGAAGACACCCUCUGUUCAGAUGUCCAGCGCCAGCGUUUCACUACCAGGGGGCCAGGCUCCCCAGAGAGGUUUGCAGCUGGCUCCACCACAUUUGUGAUCAGUGGCUGAAGCCAGAGUAGCACACAAAGGCUCAGAUCCUGGACUUGGUGAUCCUGGAGCAGUUUCUGGCUGUCCUUCCCCCGGAGAUGGAGAUCUGGGUGAGGGAAUGUGGAGCGGAGAGCAGUUCCCAGGCAGUGGCCCUGGCCGAAGGCUUCCUCCUGAGCCAGGCAGAGGAGAAGAAGCAGGAGGAGGAACAGGGUCUGUUUGCAGAAGUGGCCACUGAUUUCCACGAGGCAGAGAAGUUUCCAUUCGAUGCCAGAGAGAGUCCUCUGCAAAGGGGGAACGUGCAGGAGGGCAAUGGAGGUGCUACUUCCCUAGGCGAUGGAAAGAUGCCAGCAAGACCUACUCAGCCAUCUCUUGUUUGCAGUGGAGGGGAAGCAGCUGCUGUGGCACCGGAUCAGGGUCCAGGGUCCUUUGAGGAUGUGGUUGUGUAUUUCACCGAGAAGGAGUGGGCUUUGCUGGAUCCUGACCAGAGAGCUCUGCAUAGGGAAGUUAUGGGGGAGAUUUGUGAGAUCGUCACUUCCCUUGGUCAUGAAUUGGAAACCAAGGAUAAGGGAAAACUACAUGGGGUGCUCCCAGAAAAAGACACAUGUAUAAAGGGGGAGGAGCAGAGAAGGAAAACUGAGGAGAAGGAAGAAGAAGAAGAGAGGAGGGGGUAUAAAUCCCCUGUUUCUCAGGAAAGUGACUCCCAUGAAAUCCCAAUCCAAGAAAAACUGCAAAAAGGACAGGAAACAAAUAUAUGCUGUGAGUGUAAGAGAAGUUUUCAUUCUAAAUCAAAAUGUAAAGCUCAUUACAAAAACCACACAAGGGAGAAGCUAUAUGAAUGCUUGGAGUGUGAAAAGAGGUUUGCGCAUAAGACAACUCUAAUUUCUCAUCAAAGAAUUCACACAGGCGAGAAACGAUAUAAAUGCUUGGAAUGUGAAAAGAGCUUUCAUCAGAGUUCUGACCUUAUUAUCCAUCAAAGGAUCCAUACAGGGGAGAAACCAUAUAAAUGUUUACAGUGUAGAAAGAGCUUCACCCAUAGGACAAGUCUCACUUCUCAUCAAAGAAUUCACACAGGUGAGAAACCAUAUAUAUGCUUGGAAUGUGGAAAGAGGUUUCCUCACAGUUCUGCUGUUAUUGCAACGAUUCAUACAGGGGAAAAACCAUAUCAGUGCUUGGAAUGUGGAAAGAGCUUUUCCCAGAAGACCAAUCUUACUUCUCAUGGAAGAAUUCACACAGGGGAGAAACCAUAUAAAUGCUUGGAAUGUGGCAAGAGCUUCUGUCAGAAGACAAAUCUCACUAGUCAUCAAGGAACUCACACAGGUGAGAAACCAUAUAAGUGCUUGGAAUGCGAAAAGAGCUUUCGUCACGGUUCUGAUCUUAUUACCCAUAAAAGGAUCCAUACAGGGGAGAAGCCAUAUAAAUGCCUGGAAUGUGGAAAGUGCUUCAGUUGCAAGAGAAGACUAAUAUCUCAUCAAAGAGUUCACAUACAAGAAAAUCCAUAAAAUGCUUGGAGUGUGGCAAAAGCUUGAGUGAUAAAGAUAUUUUUGACUUCUGAUCAAAGAAUUCGCAUGGGAGAAACUAUAGAAAUGGGUGGAAUACAGAUCCUUGCAGGCGUUAAAAUCAGGAGAGGGAGCCCUCUUGGUAGUUCCACCGCCUUCAAAAGUUCAGGGUGGUGGCGGCCCAGGAGAGGGCGUCCUCUGUGGGAGCCCCUGUGUUGUAGAAUUCCCUCCCCACAGAGCUGCAGGGUCAGCAUCUGCAGACCCAGCAGCGUCAUGGAUUAGCAUCCAAGAUGGUGGAGGAGGGCAGGUUGACGCCCUGCCGCCAUCCUGGGUAAUUGCAAGCAUGUAUACAUAGUGUGCUGACACGCUGCUGUGGCACCAUAGAAAUCUGUGCCAGCAGUGGGGGGUUCCUAGUAGGGGUGGCUGCCGCACAAUGAUCCGCAUCAGCUUUGGGGCAUGGAGUGCACGCUAGCACGAAUCGCAGAGUGGGAGCUACACCCACCCAGCCCCAGCAGCAGGGGCCUCUCUCGGCGUCUGGGGCCCUUAGCCAGUGCACAACCUGGCCCUUCUCCGUUGCCAGCCCUGUGCAUCUGCCACCUUCACUAUACAGUUUUCCGUGAAUGCUGAAGACACACCUAUUUAUCCUUGCCUUUGACACCUGAGAUGUGUGUUUUCAGGACAGACCCUAUUCCUAUGACUGUAAUUUGUUUUAACUGUUUUUAAUAUUGACUUUUAAAUUGUUAUAACCCGCCGUGGGACCUCCUGGUGAAGGGCAGGUAAUAUAUUAACAACAACAAUAUGGAAUGAGAUACUGUCACAGUACAACUUCUAUUUCAGAUGGGAGAACCCACCUAUGCGAUCCGCUGUAGCAGCCUUCCCCAUCCUGGUGCCCUCCAGAUAUUUCAGACUACAAUGCUCAUUACUCCCUGACAGGCUGUUCUAGUGGAACAGUUCUAGUCCAUCUCAUCUAGAUGGAAGGUCUAAUCAAAAAUGUCUGCAGGGGACCUGGGCAGGAAGGCAAUUAUAAAUGAAUGCCUCUGAAGGAGCCAUGUUAGUGUUCUGUUCUAAGUUAAUGCUAGUUCUACUCUGAGGAGAUUCAUUUAAGUUAAUGAACAUAACUAAUUUAGGUUCAUUAAUUUGUGUGAGUCUAUUGGGUAGAACUGAGUUGAAUAGAACCGUUAAAAAUGUUCCUCCCCUCUUACAUUCAUUAAUACUUUUGUGAGAAAUACUGAGCUGCAGGUGCGUUUGGACCACUCAGCCUCUGUCCUCGGUGGCCAUCUUAGAUUCCCCAAUCAAUUUACAAUGGCUGCGGCCUGGUGAGGAUGGGAUCUGGGUGGCUUUCCUACAGAAGUGCUGCCUGCCUCGGCGAGUACAGCCUGAGGAAAAUGGAAGGGAGGAGGAGGAGGAGGAGUGGAGCGAAGUGAGAAAACAUACACAGAGUCCUAUGUGAACUUUUGGUCUUGCUCCAGCAAAGUAGCUCUUAGAUGUGAAUGAAGUGGAACCUCCUUGUGCAGAGGCAACAUACCUAAACUCAGACAUUGCAAAGAAAUGUAUUUUAAUAUUUUAAACAAAGUAACAUUUACAAUAAAGAUUCCCCCCCUCCGGUAAAAAAUAUAAACUUCCUGUGAUAUGUCUGCUGAUUUCAUAAAUGGUUGCUUCUUAAUAAGUUGGAAAAUUCAUCAUCUGCAAUGGCUUUAACUGUGGCUUUGGGUAAAGCCGCAUUGGACCCCCUUUAAACGGCCAUGGCUUCCUCCAAAGAAUCCUGGGAACUAACAUUUGUGAAGGGUGCUGAGAGUUGUUAGGAGAGACUCCCAUGCCCCUCAGAGAGCUACAAUUCCCAGAGUUCCCUGAGAAGAGGGAUUGAGUGCUACAUCGCUCUGGGAGUUGUUGCCGUGUGAGGGGAUCAGCUCCUUGCUGAUCCUGAUGACUCGGGGCACUUUUUAAGGAUUAUGGCAAAAUAAGAACUUUAAAAGACAAAAAAAAAUUAUGAGGUGGAUGACCCAAAUUUUAGCAAUAGAACAAAAUUAUUUCUCUCCAUGGGGGGUGUUGGCAUUGGGACUCCUGUGAUGUGGCUCCACAGCCAGAGAUGGGAGGUUUGGAGGCUUGCAGGGAGUGGUGCAAUGGGCUUUGGAGGGCUCCAGAUAUUUCAGACUACAAUUCUUUUUAAUCCCUUGACAGGCUGAUAGAAGUUGUACAGUAGGGCCCCACUCAUACGGUGGGUUCUGUUCCGGACCCCUGGGGUAAAGCGAAAACCGCUGUAAAGCAGAACUCAUUGAAUAGAAUGGCACGUGAUGCCCAAAAACCGCCAUAAAAGCAGAACAAGUGCCGUAUGAGUGGGGCUUUAGUCUAAUUGCGUCUAAUUGAGACCGCUGUAUUAGCGAAGUGCUGUAAAGCGAAGCGCCGUAAAGCAGGGCCCUACUGUAGUCCGAAACAUGUUGGUGGCAGCCAGAUAGGUAUAAGUGUCUGUCAAGGAAGGAGCCAUGAUAAUGUUCUGUUCUAAAACAGGAAAGAAGCAAUAUUAUAUCCAGUGCUAGUCCUACUCAGGGAAGACCUAUUGAAGUUAAUGGAGUAGGACUAGCACUGGAUAUAGCACGGAGGGCACCAGGUUGGGGAAGGCUAGUUGAUACAAUGGAUCCUGCAGAUGGAUUCUUCAAACUGAAACAGGAGUUAUGCUGUGAGAAUUUAUUUAUUUAUUUUAUUUAUUAGAUUUUUAUACCGCCCGACUAGCGUAGCUCUCUGGGCGGUGUACAACAAAGUGCAAAAAUACAAAAAUUCCAUAGUAAAAUACAACAACAAUAUAAAAGAAUAAGAAAACUAAAAACAAUUACAACAUAUAUUAAAACUAAAUUAAGUUAGAUUAAAAUGCCUUAGCAAAGAGGAAGGUUUUGACUUGGCGCCGGAAAGACAGUAAUGUCGGCGCCAAGCGCACCUCAUCAGGGACACUGUUCCAGAGUUCGGGGGCCACCACUGAGAAGGCCCUAGUUCUAGUUAUCACCCUCCGAGCUUCUCUAUGAGUCGGAACUCGGAGGAGGGCCUUCGAUGCAGAACGUAGUGUACGGGCAGGUUCAUAUUGGGAGAGGCGUUCCAGCAGGUAUUGUGGUCCCGCGCCGUAUAAGGCUUUAUAGGUUAAAACCAGCACUUUGAAUCUGGCCCGGAAGCACAUUGGAAGCCAGUGCAAGCAGGCCAGAACAGGUGUUAUGUGUUUGGACCGCUUGGUCCACGUUAUCAGUCUGGCCGCCGCAUUUUGCACAAGCUGUAGCUUCCGGACUGUCUUCAAAGGCAGCCCUACGCAGAGCGCAUGGCAGUAAUCCAAUCGCGAGGUUACCAGAGCAUGUACCACUGAUGUGAGGUCCUCCCUGCUCAGGUAGGGACGUAGUUGGGCUAUCCGUAUCCCCCCCGCUUCUAUAGUUUCUCCUCUGUGUGAAUUCUUUCAUCAGAAGUGAGAAAUACCUUAUUACUGAAGCUCUCUCCAUACACAGACAUUCCAGUUUGCCCUCGCCUGGCCUUAUUCAUGUGAGAAGGGUAUGGUGCUUCAGACCACUCGGCCCCCAUCCCGGGUCGGAGAUUCCUCCUGAAGAAGCAUAAAAAUGCAUGCUGAUCCAUGUUUUAUGAAAUGGCUAGAUCCAGAUUUUACCUUCUUGCCGUUUUGUGCCUGGCCAGCCCACUGCAGAAAUGGCACAAUUGGCUGUACUCUCGCCAUGCCCUUUCUCUGCAUUCCAAAUGUGCUCUCAGGCCCCAGAAGGUAUUCAAAGACGACAGAAGGAAUAGGAAUAUUUAGAUCCUCUGCCUAAUUUAAGAGUCGGUUCACGCUCAUGUCUCAGCAGAAACUUAUUUUCAUCAGGCUGCUUCCUCCGCUGUCAUCUAGGAGGAGGCAUUCCAUCAGGCUCUAAGAGAGUGGGGGGACAGACAGACUGUUGGGUCUCUCCAUCUACUUUGCUGAAAGACCAACAGUGCUUGGUUCCUCCUCUCCUUGAACUCUUUCUGUUCCAGCUGGUCACUGCAAGAACCCUGUAACUAAGAAAUAGUGCCUUGGUUGGCGUUUUUUUCCUCUUCCCUCCCGAAACUUUUUCCUUUUGUGUCAUGUCUUUUAGAUUGUAAGCGUGAGAGCAGGGACUACUGUCUUAUUACUGGCAUUUGUAAGCCACUCUGGG